AUGGACGACCCUACGGCGACAAAUCAAUGCGACGAUGGGUGGUUUGGCCCCGCCGUUGCGACCGAAAGUUGUCGUGGAGGGGUUGACUUCACGAUGCUCUUUGAGUCUACUAUUCUAGCUAUCACCCCUAGUAUUUGUUUCCUUUUGCUGGCUCCUCUUCGAUUCUUCCAGCUGUCUAAACAAUCACCAAAAGUGAUAUCAUCCUCUCUCCGUAUGGCGACAUUGAACGUGGAGAAGAAGCGCUGGCUUCUACAGAAGACAGAGAAACUUUCAGAUGAAAGCAUUGGUGGUCCAUUCAAUCGAGGCUUUUUUGUAUGGCUAAAUGGUCUUCUCCGUCAAGGAUACACUGCUCUGCUGAGUGAGAAUGAACUGCCAAAUAUUCAUGAAAAAUUAUCUUCGCAAGAUUUAUCCAAGAGUUUCGAAGCUGCAUGGGAAAACUGCAACCCAAAUCGCAAAAAUGCUUUGAUGCUCGCCAUAGUCAAGUGUCUGCGCUGGGAGAUUCUAGGAAUUGCCGUGCCCCGGCUUGCUGUCAUUGGCUUUAGCGUUGCGCAGCCAUUCAUUGUGGGCAGAGUUGUCGAUGUCUUACAAGAAACCGACUCUUUGUCACUCGAUAUGGGAUAUGGGCUGAUCGGAGCUACUGCCAUUGUUUUCAUUGGGAUUGCUGUGACGAGAGCUUUGUACGAGCAUUUGGGUUUUCGAGCCACGACAAUGAUCCGCGGAGGUCUUAUGGCCCUUGUGUUCCAACACAUGAUGGAUCUUCCGCUGGGAAGCACCGAUGAGUCUAGUGCCAUGUCUCUCAUGGGAUCGGACAUAGAAAUGCUUGCCGAAUAUUUCAACUCUACGGUUUGCGAAACAUGGGCAAAUGUCCUUCAACUAGGACUGGCAACAUGGUUACUGAAAACCCAGGUGGGAGCCGUCUGUAUUGCACCAAUUGUAAUCGUGAUAAGUAAUGAUGCCACUCUGAUCGGGACAAAAAUGUUUGAGUGA